UCGAAUAGGUUUGCUCUUACAAUACAUACAGAAAUAAUGCUACUGGUACAGCAGCUGCUGUACCUGUAGCAGCGUUGGAUCAGCAGCAAAAGCAAUUGGGGUUAUGGUUUGGUUCAGCUGAAGGUCCCGAAAAAACCACGACCGGUGAAUGCGAAGACUCUGGUAUUGUAGAGGUGAAUAAGAGGAAGAGGAGAGAGGAGGAAAAAUCCAGCUUGGAUACGGCGCUGAUCGACGACGGUGACGGUAUUCGUUUGAUCAAGAAAUCAAAGAGGGAUGAUAUAAAAAGUGCUGAAUUUAGUGAUGAUAUAAAAAGCUCUGAUUUGGGUUCCAGUUUAAAGGGAGAAAAGAGCUCUGAAUUGGGUUCUAGUUUAAAUAGAGAAUCAGAACCAAAUGAAUCUUUGGAGUUCGGAAAAUACUCCGAUUUGGGUUCCGAAUUUGAGGAGGUGCUGAAGCAGGUGGAGGGGAAGUACUUGGAUUCGGGUAUGACGGAGAGGAAGAAGAGGAAGAGGGAUGAGAUUGAGGCGGAGUACAAGGAAAGGCGAAGCGGGGCUAUGGGGAUGAAUGAAGGAGGAGGAGGGGGAGGGUUGAGAGAGAGGGUAGUUGGGGAGAAGAGGAAACAUGUUGAUGAUCCAGUGGACAUGAUGAUGGUCCCAAAGGAUGAUGGCUCUGAUGAUGAGGCAAUACUUUUGAGGACUGUGUUUGUUGGGAACUUGCAGUUGAAGGUUAAGAAGAAGGUUUUGGUUAAGGAAUUUAGCCAAUUUGGAGAGAUUGAGUCUAUCAGGAUUCAGUCCGUUCCUUUAUUGGAUACCAAAAUACCAAGAAAGGGUGCAGUAAUCCAGAAGAAAACUAGUGACGCUGUUGAUAGUGUUCAUGCAUACGUAGUCUUCAAAACAGAGGAGGCUGCCCAGGCUUCCUUGGCCAAUGAUAUGGCAUUGGUUGGAGGAAAUCACGUCUGUGUUGACAGGGCAUGCCCACCACGCAAGAAACUAAAGAGAGUAGAUGCUACACUCUAUGAUAACAAGAGGACUGCUUUUGUGGGCAACCUGCCGUUUGAUGUGAAGGGUGGUGCAAACUUGGUUUGUAAAAAACGUAGCUUGAGGCUCCGGAAAUGUGAACUAAGGCUCUAUCAUGCCAGAUCAAACCUCACACCAUCUAAGAGGAAACACUCAUCACCUGGAGAGGGAGAGGAUUCUAAUACAAAGAAGUUAGCAGUGGAUUUAAGGACUUCAGACAAUGGCAACAAGGUGAAAACAAAGUCCGGUAGCUCGCACCAGGGUCUGUGGGCAAGUACAUCUGGUGCUUCAGAACAAGCUGGGAAAAAACGCAAGCUGGAAAGCCAGACUCCAGAGAGUUACCGAUCGAACAAGAAACUCAGGAAACUCCGGUAGGAUUAAAUCCAAUAAACUCAGAAGAAACUCAGGAAACUCCGGUAGGAUUAAAUCCAAUAAAUUCCUUGGAUAAGGGACAUUGCUCAGAUAUACUUGUAACUUUCUGCUGAUAGGGUCAAAUACCAAAACUGGCCACUGGGCUUUUACAUAUCACAUCAUUCCUUCACGUUAGAAGGGAAGAACCACUCGGUUGUUGACAGGAUCAUAUAUCACUGAUGUGUGAGAUGGCCACGUUGUUGUAUUAAUUAUACAAGUUUGUUCAUUGACUAGGCCAAAGGCAAAAAAAAAAGGCUAGAAUAAUUGAUGGUA